AUCUUAUGCAAUAAUUAGAAUCAGCUGUUCAAAGAUUUCUGUUGGAUAAAAUAUCGUGCAAUUUUGAACAGUUAUCAUAAUUAUCUCAUAAACUCAAAAACACUUAGUCAGUACAAAUAAAUAUCUACCCAGUUAAAGUUAGUGCGAAACUAUCGAGAAAGUAACACGCCCAAAUAAGUGCAUUUAUGUUAUUUAGUAUAAAACAAAUUAAGUUAAUAAUACAUAACAAUUAAGUUAAACAAUAAAAUGGUGCAAGUACUAAGUAAGUUAACCCCAAUACCUAUUGGUUGUGAUUUUUACGUCCAUCCAUGGACUGAUAGUUGUUUAGAGGCAACAAUGGGGUUAUACAUUCAAUCAAUAGUUUAUUCAUUAAGAUUAUACGGUUCAGUUUAUUUGCUAGCUUUAUUGAUGCAAGGUCGAGUACCACGACGAAGAGAUAUAAAAAAGACUAUAUUAGGGAUUCUUCAAUCGGCCACUUUCUUAAGCGGAACUGCAUUUGGUUAUUCAUUAUUUUUAUGUACUUUAAGGAGAUUAUUAGGUAAUUUUAACGUCGUAACGGCAUCGUUUAUGCCAGCAUUUCUCUCAAGUGUUUUUGCAAUAUUAAUUGAACGACCAUCAAGAAGAACUCUACUUAGUUUAUAUGUUAGUAAUGUGGCCACUGAAACAAUAUGGAACAUGUUGGUUUAUAGAAAUAUGGUUAAACCUAUUCCUUAUGGACAAGUUGCAAUAUUUGCCGCUAGCAUUUCAGUACUUUUAACCAUUUUUAGAAGUGGAUUACAUGCCAAGGAGGAAAAACGUAUUGAUCCGAUGUUCAAAAUUUUAAGAUUUAUUAUUGGAACACAUGAAGAAAAAGUACCCAGUCAAACUAGUCAAUCAAAUACUAUUCAUCGAGAAACAGAGUCUGUUAAUGAUUCUUCGAGAUGGGGAACAACUUGGCGUCCAAGAAAAAAAAAGACCAACUUUGUAUUUGCAUUAAUAAAUCAAGCUUUACGAGUCUAUAAACAAAUUAUAAAUAAAAUUAAGUGCUGUGAUAGGCAUACCGUGUGUCCACAUCCAUUCAGCUGCUUGUAUUAUACAAUACAAGGGUCAACAAAAAUGUUUUCGAUUGGAUUAUCAAUCCAAUUGGUAUUAAAACUUGUUUUGAAUAUGCAAGUUUUAUUUAAAAAUCCAAAGAGAUUUAGUGGCGUCAUUUUUAGAAGAGAUACCAUCAAGCUUGCCUCAUUUUUAGCAGGAUCUUGUGGUAUAUUUAGGGCUAUCUCUUGUUUGUUGAGAAGAACAACAGGAAAAGAUAGUUCUAUGUAUGCUAUUCCAGCUGGAUUAUUAGCGGGUGUUGCAUUUUCGCAAUAUCCAGAUAAAACCAUCGCUUUGUAUGUUAUGUGGAAAACUUUACAGAUUGCUUAUAAUCUGGGUAUCGAUCAUGGAUAUGUACCAAAAGUACCAGGAUUUAAUUUGCUACUUUACUGCUUUAGUACGGCUAUGUUGUUCCACGUGGCUUUACUUGAGCCACAAAAUCUAAGGUCAAGUUAUUGGAAAUUUUUGUGUAAUAUAUCCGGAGGAAGAGUGGCCUGUAUGGAUAGAUCAGCUUUUGAACCAUGGGGUCUUGGAACGAUGGAAGGAUUAGCGCAAACUAUUGAAAGAACAAAAACGCCAAAGGUUGUACAAUUUCUUGGGAUUAAAUGGUAAACAUUUAUUUAUUUAAAGAAUUAUAAUAGCUAAAAUUUUUUUAUUAUUGUAAUAUUUUUGUUACUUUUCGUUUUUAUAAAAUGGUACUUACUUUAAGUAGGAUUCAAAAAAGCGCACAGAUUUUUGUUAUAAACGGGUCAUAUUAGGGACAUAAUUGUAUUUUUGUAUUAUU